AACAGUAUUAUUAUCCGAAAUGACUAUCUAUCAGUUAGCAAUUUAUUGGGAGACUUACCAGUUUCUUUAGGAGUUCGUUUUCACGGGUUGUAUGAUGUCCAAAUACUUUUUAUAAUCGGUGAUAAACAAUCCAGCGGAAAUCGAUGAUGUUUCGAGGCCAAAUCUUUUCAACUGUGACUCGUGAUUGCUAGCACUGAAAUAGUUGUAAUUUAUACAGUAUUUUUCUCAUGUAACUAUAACUCUAAUUCAAACUAUUACUAACCUGGGCCGAUCGUAGGUUUUCUUUUUUCUAAUCGACUGCCAACCACCGGCCGUUUUCCUAUUGUGUACCAUCAUUCCCCGGAUUACUAUGUUCAAUCCAUGAGCAGCCAACUGGUCUUCCUGCAAAAAGAAUGUAAAAUGACUUGGUAGGUACAUAUGUGAAAUCAUUAAAUAUGCUAUCGUUUUGAGAUUUUACCCGAUAUUCGCUCAUGAUAACAUCUGCCAGGCUGAGAUUGUCCGCCGCUCCAACGAUGUCGUCGAUGUCCGUAAAACGGAGGACAUAGUUCGAAUGGAUUAAGCUUAUAAUGGAAUUAGGUUGAGAAACAAAAGCAUCAGUUAGAUCUUCCGGGGAUCGUAGGAAUCUUCCUUCGUCUUGAUUGAUGGGAUGAACUGAAAAAAAAUGAAAUAAACUACCUAGUUGCAAAGCGUUUUUCCAUAAAAUUAGACUCACAUUUUGGAUUGAAAACUCGUCCUAAAGCAUGCAUCAAAGUAAGACUUUCGUUGCAUCCAACAGACUUAAGUUUAAUGGUUUCUUUUUUACGGCUUCCCCGUCCGGUGGUGUUAAGCGUUUCCGUUCCUGGAACUUGCUCGGUUUCCAACCUUGGUGCAUUUUUCAGCGAAGCAAAGUGCAUAUUCAACGUUGCGUUCCUUAAAUCGCCCUGCGAUGACAACACAAUACUUUCGAUGACAUCCUGAGACGGUACUCGGUAAUGCUGCGCCAUUCCUGCACCGACCAUUAAUGUGCUAAUUCGUUUCAAAGCUUUCUUCAUUAAAGUCGUCGAAACAGGAUUAAAAGUAACAUGAAGAAUUUGGAAAUCUUGCAACACGGUUGCCGGAAAUAGAUUGAAUACGAUAUCGCUCUUUUUACUGGAAGUUUCUGUGGCAAUAAACACCAAAGGUGACGCUCCCGUAUUCAGGUAAUGUUCUAAGGAAUCGUGAAACGAAUCCGGAUCCCGGAGAAACACAUUGGGAAGAUCUUUUACCAAUAACAGUUUUGGUUUGAUAUCAUCCUGAAAUAUUGAACAAUAUCGGGAUGUUUUAUAAAGGAAUUCGCCGAACUGAGCUUUUUGACUUUCGCGGAAGGUGAACUCCUUGGUGCCGGACUCGAAAUCAUAAUCAUCACUAUACAGAUCCACAUCAACUGGAGUGGUCCACUCUGCUAUCUGAUAGCCGUGAUCUUUGGCUACGGCGUUUAUUGCGGAGCACUUGCCACACCCAGGAGGUCCUGACAGCAGCAGAAUUGCUACGGGAUCAGAAGCUUUCAUCUAAAAUUUUAAGAUAUUAUUAUUUUUUAGAAUUUAACCAACAUUAAUAGCAACCUUUUCGUAAGUUUUGAACCAAUGUUGCAGCUCCUCCAGCUUUUUUGGGUGCACGGCCAAAUCGGCCGUUGACUUGGGCGCAAAAUCGAUAGCCCAAUCCACCUGGCGCGGGGACGGAGCGGGAGCGGAUGGUUUAGCGAAGCUUUUGCUUUUAGAAACCGUCCUAGCCGGUCGCUUGGAUGGAGGUUCCUCAACGAUUUCCAAGGACGUUUGAAACUGAAACGAGGUUUGACCUGAGUCCAACACCGGUGCUGCUGGUCGAGCUGGUGGAGCAGCAUCGAAAGCCGACGUGAACCAUUUCGACUUCUGAAAUUUUGGUAAAGGUAAAAAUGAUUUUUGUUUUCACAUUUUGAGCAGAAGGAAAAACAACCGCAGGAAAUUUAUUUUGUAGACAUAGAUGGAUUCUGCAAAUAGAACACGAUUAACGAAAAUCAAUUAUAAUCGGGUUAGAAACAACUCAUCAGUACACAAUGCGGGCAACGUGAACGCAAUUUUGGUUUAUGAAACUAUUAAAAAAAUUUCAGCUCUGAACUUCAGGAUGGGUUAUAACAAACACGUAAUGAGUGCGUAAUCAGAAUCGUGUGAAAACAGUUUUCAAAAGCAUGCAUGUGCACAUGCCACAAAAAAAUUUUAACGCCGCAACAAGUUUAUAGGAAAAAUAUUAUCAAAUUAUACAGCAAAAAAGUCAAAAUUACAGUUAAGUUGAAAUGAAACGGAGAUCUGUAAACAUCCCUUCCACGUGGGAAGAAUCGGAUAAAGUGUCGAACGGUGAGAACGAAUCCGAGGAAGAAGUUCUCUCGGGAUCGGAUAAUGAUUCGGGUGCCCAAAAUAACUCGGAUGUAGAAGAUUUACCAGAAGCGAUUAGCGAGGACGAGAAAAAACAGGUUAAAAGGAUUGUUAAACCACGGAAACCAAUACUAGUUGGAGCUACUGUUAAACGGAAACCAGGCAUUGUUUACAUUUCCUCAAUUCCCAAACACAUGAACGUAACCAUUCUACGAGAAUUGCUGGAACCGUAUGGAGAGGUAGGGCGUAUCUAUUUGCAGCCUGAGCGUAAAGAUGGAACGGUGAAGAAAAAAACCGCAAAAGGGAAACGUGCCAUGAUCCGGUACACAGAGGGAUGGGUCGAGUUUAAGCGAAAGCGGGUGGCUAAAGCAGUGGUUCAGCAUCUGAAUACCUGUCCCAUAAGCACGAAAAAGAAGUCCGUCUUUUGUGAUAUCCUUUGGAGCAUGAAGUACCUGCCUCGGUUCAAGUGGAUCCAUCUGAGCGAACGGCUGUCAUACGAAAGGGCAGUAUUCAAGCAGAAGCUUCGGACAGAAAUCGCGCAAGCUCGGAAGGAGGCCAGCUUCUUCCAAGACAAUUUGGACCGAAGCGAAGCAAGGCAAAAGAGACUCAAAAAGGAAAAAGCCUUGUCCAAUAAAAUGGAGUAAGUUUUUGUCAA